AUGCUUCGAAACCUAGCCUUGCUGGCCUUCUUGGCGGCAUCUGCUUUUGCCAUUCUCCCCAACCACUAUCACUUCAAAGAUAAACUCAAUAAGGCCGCCCGUCUAUCAACCGGAAAUGCCAAUAUCCCAGUCAACACUGGCUAUAUGAUCCAGACCCUUGACCACUUCAAUUCAAGGUCUAAUGAAACAUUCGUUCAAACAUACUACUACACUCAACAUUUUGCCCUACACCAGAGAACUGCAUUCUUGUAUGUUUCUGUGUCUGGAGACUUUGAGACUACUGUAAUUAGCGAUGAAAAUAAUCCAGUGGUGAAGAGUGCUAGACAAUUCGGAGCUACUCUGUUCUCACUAGAGCACAGAUACUACGGACAAUCGAAGCCAAAUGUUGAAAAGUUUGACUCAUUCAAUCUUCGCUUUCUCAACUCCUUCCAAGCCAUUCAAGACAUCGUCGCUUUCAUCAAGUACGCCAACAAGCAAUUCAACCUGGAUCCUGAUGUCAGAUGGGUUCUCUGGGGUGCUGGAUACGGUGGUGUGAUUGCUGCAGAAGCCAGAAAAUGGAACCCAGAUGUUGUCGCUGGAGUCAUUGCUAGUUCUACUCCAUUGACUCACGAGUAUGACUUCUGGCAAUUCAACGACCACGUACAAAUGGCUAUCAGUCAAGAGGGAGGACAACUUUGUUAUCAGAAGGUCGCCCAAGGAUUUGCAGAUAUCCGUCAAGCCAUGAGAACUCCAGAGGGAAGAUCAAACAUUUCUGACUUGUUCCAAUUGAACCCAAGACUUGAUCAGACGAACUUGAACUACAAUGAUGUUCAAAUGUUCUACCUGGCUAUUAUUGCACCAUUCCAAGAAAUGAUUCAGUUCAAUAACGAUUUCAACAUUGACAUCGGAGCCCUCUGCACAACCAUCGACCAAAGCACCUGGACCCCAAUGGAAGUCGUUUGGCAAGCUUAUGUUUACUUCAGUAACACAGUCAUAGGAGGCCUCCAACCACUGGUAACUUCUUAUCAAGCUGUUAUCGAUGAUCUUGGAAACCAAAGUGUGAAUGCAGCGAAUAUUGACAACCGCAUGUGGCAAUACCAAAUGUGCACGGAAUUCGGAUGGUUCUACACAACUAACAACAAUGAGCAAGGAUUGUUCGGGGCCGUUGUCCCCACCAGUAUCUUCUUGAACAUGUGCUUCGAUUUGUUCCCAGGAGCUAAUUUGGACGCCACUGUCAUCCGUGACUUGACCAUUGACUACAACAACCUGUAUGGAUCCGCUUUCGAUUACUCCGGAACUAACGUGGUAUUCACCAAUGGAUGGUAUGAUCCAUGGAGUCGACUUGGAAAGGAGUCCACUGGAGACUUCUCUGUGGUCGCUUACAUCAUUCCACAAGGUUCAUGGGCCAGUGAUAUGUUCCCAGGAGACACCAACAACACAUUCAUCAUUCAAGCUCAUAGAUUAAUGGCAGAUAAUAUUAACACUUGGGUCAAUAUGCCGAAGAAUCCCAAAACAUCGGUUAACACCACAACUCCAUGGAAACGUCCACCAUGGGGAGAGUACGCCAUUCUUGAAAAGACAACAGCCAAAGAAGAAGUUAAGUCGAGAUUCGCCCCACUCGGAGAUGACGUUCCAUCGAAAAAGACCUUCCCAGAAUCCAAAUUCAAGAAGAAGAUGUUUUUGGGAAGACCACCACAUGGUUUCCUCCCAGAACCAGAUUACAACAAGGAUGGCGUUUAUCCACCAGGCUUUGAGACCGGAACAUUCUACCAGCGUCAGGAUCAUUUCAACAACCAGAACCCAGUUCAUUUCCAACAAAAGUUCUACAAAAAUUCGCAAUGGGCACAACCAGGAGGUCCAAACUUCUUGAUGAUUGGAGGAGAAGGACCAGAGGGACCAGGAUGGGUGUUGAAUGAGCAGCUUACUUGGAUACAGUAUGCGAAGAAGUACGGAGCAACGGUGUACAUUUUGGAGCACAGAUUCUACGGAGACAGUAAGAUUGAUAUCAACAACAGCAACUUCUACCUCUUGCACUCCCUCCAAAUGCUUUACGACCUUGCUGAGUUCAUUAAAGCAGUCAACAUCAACUCUCCAGCUCCUGCUCCAUGGAUCACGUUCGGAGGGUCUUACUCAGGAGCUUUGUCCGCUUGGAUGAGAGAAGUGUUCCCAGAACUUGUUAUUGGAGCUGUUGCCUCUUCCGGACCAGUUUUCGCCAAAACAGAUUUCUAUGAAUAUCUUAUGGUUGUUGAGAAAUCGAUCCGAACUUAUGACAAAACUUGUGCAGAUAGAAUUCAAUCUGGAUUCAAUACCAUGAGAACCAUGUUCCUCACAAAGGAAGGACGUCAAAAUCUUUCUGACCUUUUCCAGCUUAAACCAGCUUUUGGAGAAAAUGUCACUGAUACUGACCAGCAUUAUUUCUUCUCGAACAUCUAUGGAAACUUCCAAGGAGCGGUUCAAUAUUCUGGAGACAACGCUGGAGCAUACGCCAAUGGAUACGGUAUUGCAGAUAUGUGCAAGAUCAUGACUAACGACUCGAACAUUCCAUUGGACAAUAUUGUACAAUUCAAUGAAUUCAUGACAGUUUUCUACAACGAUGGAGAUGCGUACUCCGGAUUGGAUAACAAUUACCAGGAUUACAUUGAUUACAUGCAAAAUGCUCAAAUGUUUGGACCAGAGUAUGGAGCGGGAUUGUUGUGGACUUGGCAAACGUGUAAUGAGUUUGGAUACUUCCAAUCGGCAGAUUCUGGAAAUGGAAUCUUUGGAUCACCAACUCCAGUCAACAUGUACGUUCAAAUGUGCAUGGACAUCUUCAACGCGUACGAACAAAGAAACACUAUCGAUACCGCCAUUGGAUACACCAACUACGUCUACGGAGAACGAUUCCACUACAGAGGUACCAAUGUCGUGUUCCCCAAUGGAAACGUGGAUCCAUGGCAUGCAUUGGGUCUUUACUAUCCAACUGAUAAAUCCGUUGUCUCAUACCUGAUCAAUGGUACCGCCCAUUGUGCCGAUAUGUAUCCAGCGAGAGACGCAGACCUUCCUGGACUCAAAGUUGCUCGAGAUCUUAUCGAUACCAAUAUUGCAAUCUGGUUGAAAAAAGCUAGCCCUGCUCCUCCAGUUACUGUUCCAACUACUUCUGCGCCUGUUAUUACCGAUUCUUCUGGAAACCCAGUGACCGUUACGGCAACUACGGGUACUGCUGGAACCGGAGCAACUGGAGCUUCAGUUGAAACAACUACCUCAUCUGCAACUUCCUCAACUGUCAUUCUCUCGUUUAUUGCCAUUUUCGCUAGAUAUCUCCUAUGA